AUGAAGUAUGCACCAGAAAGAGAUUUGUUUUGUGGGGUUAUUACUGUAGCUCUUAAUCUGAAUUCAGUGUGAUUCAUUAAGAGUAGUAAAUUUUGACUCAUGUACAGUACAGUAAUCUGUACAGUAAUCUUCUUGCCCAGUCUAUUCAUUUUCACAUAUGUGACUGUUGAAGACCUGUAACCGGUUGUGAACAUAUCUGAUCUUUAAUUAGUGGAAGAAAUUUAUGUUAAGAACAGGAACUGAAUACACGCCUGCUUUUACGCUUGUUGAACCAAGCCUGCGGUUUUCCUCAGACCAUCUCAUCAAACCUCAAAACGUCAUGAAACGUUGCCUGUAAUAGAACUCGGGUGAAUAAAAUGAGCAGAAUCAAACAUGGGGAACUUGGAACGUUCGGGAAGGCCGCUGGCCUGUCCUCCUAAUGUUUCCAUUUCAGCUCUGAGGAUUUGCGCCCGUUAACGAUGGGUACUGGGAUCUGUUGAGCUGCACCGCCGACCGACGUGGAGAAUGGAUUGCUCUCACAUCGAGCGUGGUAGACUGCAGAGGGAUGCCGGCUCACACACUGAGCGUGUGUGUGAGCAUUCUCCGAAACAUCAGGUGGACAGUCUGUUUAGUAGUUGCUUGGAGAUUCACUCUUUCAGUGUACUGUUGAAACCUUGGUAAUUAUGCACACAAUCCCAGUGGAAUUUGGGUUAACAUGGUGGCUUCAUCUUAAUCACAUUUGCUUUUAAGAAAAUGACACGCACGCACACACAUACACGUCUCUCCUCACCUGGCACACUUCUGUUGUACUGGAUCACUUGCCUUUUAAUGUCUUUUCAUUUGAAAGGACAAAUGCAAAUCACCUGCUUGUUAUGAGUGGUUAUGGCAUGUUUGACGACUGCCUGAGCCCAGGCCCCGCCCUUGGGCAGCGCUCCAGCCCCGCCCGCUGGGAACAGCAGGGUCUAUAAAAGCGAAGGUGCCCAGAUGUCCUGUGCCUGUCUCAGUGGUUCACUGGUCUCUGAUUUUCUCUGACCGGCUCUCACUGUGUGACUGUCACCAUGUGUUUCGUAUCUCCACCGGGUUACCAGACCAUCCAUGAUCCUAAAAUCCCGUAUGUGGGGCCCAUAUACGGUGGUUUGAAGACUGGAAUGUCUGUGUACUUCAAAGGAAGGGUCCUACCAAAUAACAACAGGUUCCACAUCAACCUGCAGUAUGGGGACGGGCCUCGCGCCGAUACUGCCAUGCACUUCAACCCCCGGUUCGCAGGCGGUGAGGUGGUGGUGUUUAACAGCUACCGACAUGGUGGCUGGAAAAAUGAGGAGAGGCCCCCUGGGAUGCCAUUCAUUCAGGGGGAGGCGUUUGAAAUGGUCUUCGUUGUUGCCCCAGAGGGCUACAAGGUGGUCGUAAAUGGUCAACACUACUACACGUUCAAGCACCGCAUGCCCGUGGAGCGAGUGACCACCCUGACGAUCGCUGGGGACGUCGAAAUGCAGCUCGUCAACAUCAUCGGGGGAAAACAUGGGGGCAUAUGUGGAAAUCCAGCAGAAGGAAGGAUGGUGAAAAUCCCACAUCUGGAGCGCAUACAAGGUGGUUUGAAAGUCGGGAUGUCUGUGCAUAUCCAGGGAACAGUGCCCCAGGAGCUCGACAGGUUCCACGUCAACUUGCGGUGUGGGCAUAUGAGAUGCUCGGACAUUGCCUUGCACUUCAACCCCCGGUUCGCCGGCAAUGGAGUGGUGGUGUUCAACAGCUUCCAGGGUGGAGGCUGGAGAAAUGAGGAGAGGCCCGGAGAGAUGCCCUUCACUAAGGGGGAUACCUUUGACCUCAUCAUCGCUGUCACCUCAGCGGGUUACCAGGUGACUGUAAACGAUCAACACUUCUACCUGUUCAGACACCGCAUCCCAGUGAAUCGAGUGAAUGCCCUGGAGAUUGAUGGGUGUGUCUCCGUGCAUAUGGUCAACAUCACCGGGGGAGGACAAGAAGUCAGUCUGGGACAUCGAGGUGCAAGAGAGUUGGUGGUUCAUUGCAUCCCGUUCGUGGGGUCCAUCUCUGGCGGUUUGAGGGUGGGGAUGUCUAUACUCUUCUACGGAACGGUUCACCAAAACAUCAACAGGUUCCACAUCAACCUGCAGUGUGGGGAGAUGAGAUGCUCUGACAUAGCCAUGCACUUCAACCCCCGGUUCGCCGGCGAUGGGGUGGUGGUGUUCAACAGCUACCGGCACGGAUGGAAAAAUGAGGAGAGGGUCGCUCAGCCCUUCAGUAAGGGAGAGGACUUCGAGCUGGUCUUCAUCAUCACGUCAGAGGGCUACCAGGUGAACGUAAACGGUCAAGGCCUGCACUUGUUCAGGCACCGCAUGCCGGUGGAACGAGUGAAAGCCCUGGCGAUUGCGGGAGACGUCAGCAUUAAGACGGUCAACAUCAUCGAGGGAGAACCAGUACCAGAAGGUCAAGUUGGAAGAGCGAUAGUGGCCAUCCCUCAUGUGAGGACCAUCCGUGGCGGUCUGAGGGUGGGGAUGACUCUGCUCUUCAAGGGAAUGGUUCUCCCGAAUAUCAACAGGUUCGCCAUCAACCUGAAGUAUGGGGAGGCAGGUGGCUCUGAUAUUGCCUUGCACUUCAACCCCCGGUUCGAUGGCACAGAGGUGGUGGUGUUCAACACCUUCCGAAAAUGCCACUGGGAAAAUGAGGAGAGGCCUGGAGAUAUGCCCUUCCGUAAGGGAGAGGAGUUUGAGCUGACCAUUCUUGUCACCGCGGAGGGCUUCCAGGUGAAUGUAAACGGUAACGCCUUCCACCUGUUCAAGCACCGCAUGCCUCUGGAGCGAGUGAGCACCCUGGUGAUCGUAGGGGACGUCUCCAUGCAGGUCGUUGACAUCAUCGAGGGAGGACAAGAAGUCAUUCCUCAACCUCGUGGGAAAAUUGAGAUUUUGAAAGCACCGUAUGUGAGGCCUAUCUUUGGCGGCUUCAGGCCGGGGAUGGCUGUGUACUUCCAGGGAGCGAUUCCGCAUCAGAUCAACAGGUUCUGCCUCAACUUCAACUGUGGGGAGUUGGCAUGCUGCGACAAGGCCUUACACUUCAACCCCCGCUUCAGACCCAUGGAGGUGGUUGUGUUCAACGACUACCGACGCGGCAGGUGGAGAUCAGAAGAAAGGGUCGCUGAGAUGCCCUUCACUAAGGGCAAGAGCUUUGAGAUGGUCAUCACUAUCACCACAGUGGGCUACCAGGUGAACGUAAACGGUCAUCACUUCUACACGUUCAAGCAUCGCAUGCCUGUGGAGCGUGUGUACUUCCUGGAGAUCGCAGGGGAAGUUGCUGUGCAGACUCUCAACAUCAUCGAGGCAGGAGAAGGAGAGAUUGAGGGACCAGGUGUAAGAGAGCUGCAGAUUAAGAGAAUCCCACAUGUGGGGUCCAUCUUUGGCGGUUUGAGGGUGGGGAUGACUCUGCUCUUCCGGGGAACAGUUCACUGUGAGAUCAACAGGUUCCACAUCAACCUGCAGUGUGGGGAGAUGAGAUGCUCUGACAUAGCCAUGCACUUCAACCCCCGGUUCGCCGGCGAUGGGGUGGUGGUGUUCAACAGCUUCCGGCACGGAUGGAAAAAUGAGGAGAGGGUCGCUCAGCCCUUCAGUAAGGGAGAGAACUUCGAGCUGCUCUUCAUCAUCACGUCAGAGGGCUACCAGGUGAAAGUAAACGGUCAAGACCUGCACUUGUUCAGGCACCGCAUGCCGGUGGAACGCGUGAAAGCCCUGGUGAUUGCGGGAGACGUCACCAUUAACUUCGCCCAAAUCAUCGGGGGAGAACCAGGAGGAUGCAUACCAGAAGUUCCAGUUGGAGGAGAGCUGGUGAGCAUCCCCUGCAUCCGGCACGUCCCUGGCGGUUUGAAGGUGGGACUGUCUCUGUACUUCAAGGUUGUGAUACCCAAUGAGCUCGACAGGUUCCACAUCAACCUGCAGUGUGGGGAGAAGGAAGGCGGAGACAUAGCCAUGCACUUCAACCCCCGGUUCGCCGGCAACGGGGUGGUGGUGUUCAACACCUUCCGACAAGGCGGCUGGGAAAAUGAGGAGAGGCCCACUGAGAUGCCCUUCCUUAAGGGGGAGACCUAUGACAUAGUCAUUGUGAUCACCUCAGCGGGCUUCCAGGUGAACGUAAACGGCGUGCACUUCUACACGUUCAAGCACCGCAUGCCGGUGCAGAAAGUGGGUUCCCUGGCGGUGGCUGGGGACGUCUCCUUGCUGGCCCUCAACAUCAUCGGGGGAGGACCAGGAGGCUUCCAGGAACAUCCAGGAAAGUUGGCGAACACCCCAUAUGUGCGACCCAUCUUCGUCAGUCUGAGGUCAGGGAUGUCCUUGUACGUCCAGGGAACGGUUCCUCAACAGAUCACCCGGUUCCACAUCAACUUCAAGUGUGGGAAGUCGCCAGGCUCUGACAUAGCCUUACACUUCAACCCCCGGUUCUGUCCCUGUGAGUUGGUGGUGUUCAACAGCCUCGUGCGCCGCCAGUGGAAGAAGGAAGAAAGAGUCCGUGAGAUGCCCUUCCAAAAGGGGGAGGACUUUGAGCUGCUCAUCAAUAUCACCUCAGAGGGAUACCAGGUGAUCGUGAACGGUCAAGUUUUCUACACGUUCAUGCACCGCAUGCCCGUGGGGCGAGUGACCGCCGUGGAGAUUGAAGGGGACGUCUUUGUGCAGACCGUCGACUUCAUUGAGGGAGGACGAGGCGAUGGACGUGUUGGAGAGAUCAUGAUUUCAAAAAUCCCAUAUGUGGGGCCCAUCUCCGGUGGUUUGAGGCCGGGGAUGUCACUGUUCUUCCAGGGGACAGUUCUUGAUCGGAUCAACAGGUUCCACAUCAACCUGCAAUGUGGGCAGAUGAAAUGCUCUGACAUAGCCUUACACUUCAACCCCCGGUUCAGACACCAUGAGAUGGUGGUGUUCAACAGCUUCCAGCACGGAUGGAAACGAGAGGAGAGGGUCCAUACGAUGCCCUUCCGCAAGGGGGCGAGCUUUGAGCUGGUCAUCGCUGUCACCCCAAUCGGCUACCAGGUGCUCGUAAAUGGUCUUGAGUUCUACUUGUUCAGGCACCGCAUUCCCAUUGACAAAGUAAGAGCUCUUGAGAUUGCUGGCGACGUCACUGUUCAGACCUUCACCAUCAUCAAGGGAGAGGAGGAAAUCCCGGCACAACCAGAUCUAAAAGAAGUAUUGGACGUCCCCUGUGUGAGGCCCAUCACUGGCGGGUUGAGGGGAGGGAUGACUGUGCAAGUCAAGGGAACGAUUCCCAGUGAUAGCAACAGGUUCAGCAUCAAUCUGGACUGCGGGGAGAAGGAAGGCUGUGACAAUGCCUUACACUUCAAUCCCCGGUUCGAUUCCAAUUUGGUGGUGUUCAACACCUUCCGGAACGGCGGCUGGGAAAAUGAGGAGAGGCCCACUGAGAUGCCCCUCAGUAAGGGACAGGACUUUGAGGUCUUCAUCAUUGUCACCUCUGGCGGCUACCAGGUGAAGGUCAACGAUCAGAUCUUCUACUUGUUCAGGCACCGCAUGCCAGUCCGGAGAGUUCAGGCGGUGCGCAUUGUUGGGGACGUCUCCCUGCACCUCGUCAACAUCUUCGGGGGAGAAGGAGGCAUUGCGAUAUGCCCAGGUGUAAGGGAGAUUGUUCAGAAUACUCCAUACAUGCGGCCAAUCUCCAGUGGUUUGAAGGUGGGGAUGUCUGUGUACAUCCAGGGAAUUGUUCCCCAAAGGCUUGACAGGUUCCACAUCAACUUUAAGUGUGGGGAUAUGACAUGCUCUGACAUAGCCUUCCACUUCAACCCCCGGUUCUGUCCUGGUGAGGUGGUGGUGUGCAACAACUUCCGUCAGGGAUGGAAACAGGAGGAGAGGGUCCGUAAGAUGCCCUUCACUAAGGGAGAGGGCUUUGAGAUGGUCAUCCAGAUCACCUCACAGGGCUACCAGGUGAACGUGAACGGUAGCUUGUACUACACUUUCAAGCACCGCAUGCCGGUAGAUCGCGUGACCGUUCUGGAGAUUGGAGGGAAGGUGUUUGUGCAGACCGUCAACAUCAUCGGGGGUGUACAGCGGGGUGUGCGGGAUCUGGGUUUGGAAGAGCUGGUGGUUAAUAGCAUCCCGUUCGUGGGGCCCAUCACCAGGGGUUUGAAGGUGGGCACGGCUCUGUUCUUCCAAGGAACGGUUCACCGUAAUAUCAAAAGGUUCCACAUCAACUUGCGGUGUGGGCAGUUGAGAUGCUCUGACAUUGCCUUACACUUCAACCCCCGGUUCGGAGCUAGCGACGUGGUGGUGUUCAACAAUUUCCGCCAUGGAUGGAAGAACGAGGAGAGGGUCGCUAAGAUGCCCUUCACCAAGGGCGAGAGCUUUGAGACGAUCAUCGCUGUCACCUCAGAGGGCUUCCAGGUGAUCGUAAAUGGCGUCCUCUUCUACCUGUUCAAGCACCGCAUCCCGGUGGAGCGAGUGAGAGCCCUGGAGAUCGGCGGGGGCGUGUCCAUUCAGGCCGUCCGCAUCGUCCGCACGAACACACCAUACAUACGCCCCAUCUCUGGCGGUUUGAAGCCAGGAAUGUCUAUAACCUUACAGGGAACUGUCCCGCAUCAGGCCGACAGGUUCAGCGUCAACCUGCUGUUUGGGGACGCUGACGGCCCUGACAAUGCCUUCCACUUCAACCCCCGAUUCAAGCCCUCCGAGGUGGUGGUGUUCAACUCCGCCCGCAGCGGCAGCUGGGAAGAGGAGGAGAGGGUGUAUCGGAUGCCCUUCACUAAGGGGGGCAGCUUUGAGAUAGUCAUCACUGUCACCCUUGAGGGAUACCAGGUGGAAGUAAACGGUCAGCCCUUCUACUUGUUCAAGCACCGCAUACCCGUGGAACAAGUGAAAUCCCUGGAAAUUCAUCAGGACGUCUCCAUACAUGAUAUCAACAUCUUUGAGGGAGAACCUGGUGCCAUUGGGCCAGUUCCAAGUGGGCUAGAAGAGAUGAAAAUACCAUAUGUGCGGUCUUUCCCUAAUGGAUUGAAGUGGGUGACGGGUCUUGUCUUCCUGGGAAGAGUUCCCAGUAACAUUUCGAGGUUCAGCUUCAACUUGAUGUGUGGGGACACAAAAGACAUAGCGUUACACUUCAACCCCCGGUUCGAUCCCGAUGUGGUGGUGUUCAACACCUUCCGGGGCGGCAGCUGGGAGAAUGAGGAGAGGCCCACUGAGAUGCCCCUCCGUAAGGGGGAGGACUUUGAGAUCUUCAUCCUUAUAAAAUCGCAAGGCUACCAGGUGAUCGUAAACGGUCAAAAGUUCUAUGUGUUCAAUCACCGCAUCCCACUGGAGCAAGUGACCAGCCUGGAGAUCAGAGAGGAGGUGACCCUGUACAGCGUCGAAGUUAUAGAGGAAGAAGUGCCAUUCUGUCCAGAUGUGCCAACUGUAUGUCCUGAGCCAGCUGUGGGUGAGCCGCUUGUUGGUAACCUCCCGUAUCUGCGGCCCGUCUCUGGCAGUCUGAAGCCGGGGAUGUCUGUGUACUUCCAGGGAACCCUUCCCCAGAAGAUCAGAAGCUUCCAUAUCAACUUCCGGUGUGGGGACCUGAAAACCGGAGACGUAGCCUUCCACUUCAGACCCUGGUUCUGUCCCUGUGAGGUGGUGGUGAUGAACACCAUGCAGAACGGAGGCUGGCAGACGGAGGAGAGGGUCACCAAGAUGCUCUUCAGCAAGGGGGCGGGCUUCGAGAUGAUCAUCCUCAUCACAUCAGAGGGCUAUCAGGUGACCAUAAACGAUUCCAACUUCCACCUGUUCAACCACCGCAUACCUGUGGAGCAAGUGACUGCCAUCGAGAUCGGCGGGGACGUCUCUGUGCAGACUGUCGAUAUCAUCGAGGGUAUACCGAUUGGUGUCCCGAUUUGUCCAGGAGGGCUAAUAGACACGGAUAUACCGACUGGUGUCCCGAUUUGUCCAGGAGGGCUAAUAGACACGGAUGAUGAAACAGAUGAGGAAGUACUCCCUGAGAAAGAGGUGGUCAUUUGUAAAAUCCCACAAGUGCGGUCCUUCCCCAGUGGUUUGACCCUGGGGAUGAUUCUGGUCAUCGAGGGAAUUGCUCCCAUUGAUGUCCCCGGGUUCGCCAUUAACUUCAAAGGCGAGGAGCCGGGUGACAUAGCCUUGCACAUAAACAUCCGCUUCGAGCCCUCACCGGGGGUGGUGGUGUUCAACACCUUCCGCGGCGGCAACUGGGAACAGGAGGAGAAGCCCGACGGGAUGCCCUUCCGUCAAGGGGAGAAAUUUCUUCUGGUCAUCAGCAUAACCGCAGAGGGCUUCCAGGUGAACGUGAAUGGUAGUCUGUUCCACUUGUUCGUGCACCGCAUACCAGUGAAUCUAGUGACUUCCCUGGAGGUGGAUGAGGACUUCUACAUUAGUAUCGCUGAGCCAGUACCAGAAGUCAAAAAGGAAGAGCCAGAAGAAAAACAAACAGUGUAUGUGCAGCCCCUCACCGGCGGUUUGAAGGAAGGGUGGUCUCUCUACUUCCAGGGAAAAGUACCUACUGACCUCAAGAGGUUUGCCAUAAAUCUGCUCUGCGGUGAAGCGGAAGGCUCUGACAUAGCCUUGCAUUUCAAUCCCCGGUUCGAUGGCGGUGUGGUGGUGUUCAACACCUUCCAGGGCGGCAGCUGGAAUGAUGAGGAGAAGCCUGACGGGAUGCCCUUCCGUAACGGAGAGGACUUUGAGCUGCUCAUCACGAUCACCUCAGAGGGUUACCAGGUGAACAUCAACGGUAGCCCCUUCUACUUAUUCAAACACCGCAUACCAGUGGGACAAGUGACAGCCCUACAGAUCGUUGAAAAAGUCUCAAUACAGACCAUCAGAAUUAUCGAGGAAAGUGUCCCGGAAGAACCUGAUAAAGAAGAAGAGGUUGUGGUUAGUGUCCCCAAGUUCGUGCAGCCCAUUGCCGGCGGCUUGAAGACUGGGACGUCUAUGUUCUUCCAGGGAACCAUUCCAGACGGCACGGACAGCUUCAGCAUCGACCUGCCUUGUGGGGACCAGCCAGGCUCGGACAUCGCCUUACGCUUCACCGUCCGGCUGGAUACAUCGGUGCUGGUGUUCAACAGCUUCCAGAACGGCAGCUGGGAACAGGAGGAGACAGUCAACGAGAUGCCCUUCUUAGUGGGCGAGAACUUUGAGCUGAUCUUCAUUAUCACCACCGAGGGCUACCAGGUGGUCAUAAACAGUAAGGUGUACUACUUGUUCAAGCACCGCAUAUCAGUGGAUCUGGUGAUAACCGUGCAGAUCGAAGGAGGCGUCUCCAUGCGGGAUGUUCACAAGCUUGAAGAAGUUGUUGUUAUUGAGCCGGAAGUCGAGGUCGUAGUUCCUAUUCCCCAGUAUUUGCAGACCAUCAAAAAAUUGGAGAUGGGGGCAUCUGUGUACUUCCAGGGAUCACUUCCUGCCGAUAUCAAAAGUUUCAGCAUCAGUCUGCAAUGUGGAGAAAAGGAUGGCUCUGACAUAGCGCUACACUUCAGCCCCCAGUUCGAACCCUCAGUGGCGGUGGUGUUCAACAGCUUCCAGGGCGGCGCCUGGGGAGAGGAGGAGAAGGUUGAUGAGAUGCCCUUCGUUAAGGGGGAGGCCUUUGAGCUGCUCUUGGUUAUCACCCCCGAGGGUUACCAGGUGAGCGUGAACGGUAAGCAGUUCUACCUGUUCAAGCACCGCAUAUCAGUGAGCCUAGUGAACGCCCUGCUGAUCGUUGGGGCCGUCUGCAUGGAAAACGUCACGGUCAUCGAGGUACAGAAAUACGUGCCCCACCUGCGUGGCGACAGCGUGGGGGUUAUUGAGGGCCCAGCAGUGUCUGCAGUUAUUGAAGAGAGCUUGCAGGUCUCCUCGUAUGUGCAGGCCAUUCCCCGCUUGUCUGUGGGGAUGACUUUGUACUUCCAGGGAUCAAUUCCCGAUGAUAUUGACAGGUUCAGCAUCGACCUGAUGUGUGGGGAGAGUGCAGGCAGUGACGUAGCCUUGCGCUUCAACCCCCAGUUUGAGGGUUCAGGGCUUGUGGUGUUUAACUCCUACACGAGCGGUGCCUGGGGAGAGGAGGAGAAGGUGGAAGGGAUGCCCUUCGUCAAGGGGAAGAACUUUGAACUGACCUUCGUCAUUACCUCAGAAGCAUUUCAGGUGAGCGUGAACAGCAAGUUGCUCCACGUGUUCAAACACCGCAUGGGAAUUGAUCUUGUGAGCGCCGUGCAGAUCACUGGAAACAUCUCCAUGCAGACCCUCAACAUCCAGGACACCAUAGUUGUUGAAGUUGAAGAAGAGAUGCAAUUAGAAGUAACUGAAAUGGAGGUGAUCACGGGAGAGCCAAUCUACAGCCCACCCAUUCCCUUCUCAGGCAUGAUCAAUGGCGGGAUGACUCCGAAGAAGUCCAUUGUUAUAACUGGCAGUGUGCCAGAUGGAGGCAACAGCUUUUCUUGUAACUUGGUGGCGAGCAGCAGUGGAGACAUCGCCUUCCAGCUGAGUCCGUCUGUGUCGGAGGGGGUAGUUGUGCGGAACAGCCAGCUGGGAGGGAACUUGGGGGCCGAGGAGAGAGAUGGCGAUGGCAAACUCUUCGCAGCGGGGGCUAACUUUGAGAUGGUGAUCCGCUGCGGGGCUGAAAGGUUUACAGUGUAUGUAAACGGGACGCACCUGUGCGACUUCGCCCACCGUCUCAAGCCCAUCACCCAGAUCGACAAGCUGGAGGUCACCGGGGAUGUGCAGCUGUCCUACAUACUUUUCUGAGGCUUUCUGUUCUGGUACCCUGCUCUGACGUCAUUUUUCUGAUGCCCUGCUCUGAUGUCAUUGUUCUAAAGCCCUGCUCUGAUGUCACUGCCCUGAUGUCACAGUUCUGAUGCCGUGCUUUGAUGUCACUGCUCUGAUAUCAUUGUUCUGAUGCCCUGCUCUGAUGUCACUGCUCUGAUGUCACAGUUCUGAUACCGUGCUUUGAUGUCACUGCUCUGAUAUCAUUGUUCUGAUGCCCUGCUCUGAUGUCACUGCUCUGAUGUCACAGUUCUGAUACCGUGCUUUGAUGUCACUGCUCCGAUGUCACUGGUCUGAUGCCCUGCUUUGAAGUUUCCUCACAUCUCGGCUUUUAGCUCCUCUGCCUUUCUCUAAAUAAGGCUGUUUGUUACUGGUGUUAGGGGCUGUGUUUCACUAAGUCAGUUAAUAAACAUUAUCUCGCAUUCCAAA